GAUACAUUUUAUUGUUGAAUUAAUUUUUGGCACCAACACUAACAAUAACUAACUCUUUUUGAUAAAGUCAACUUUAAUUUCUAAAAAAAGAAAUAAUAAUAUUAAAAAACUAAUAGCAUGCAGUUCCACUAACUCUUGAGUAUUCAUAUUUUUCUUUCACUAUGUUUCCACCUCUGAACUUGUAUAAAUAAACUCUCCAUUUUUCUUAUCCAAAAAUCAACCUCUGAACUUCUUCUACCUUCUUGCUUUUGCAUUUUAUUUUUACCAUUUAUAGUUUCUUUUUUGGUUGAUAAUGGCUAUGUUUGGUAGCCAAAAAGGAGGGAAGAGCGGACAGCAAGAUCCUAAUUUACCGAUUGUCUCUGCUAAAUGGAAGAAAUGGUCUAAUUUCGUCCCUCUUGUUGUCGCCCUUGCUGUUAUGUCAGACAUGGCCUUCGUGGGUCGUCUCAACUUGUUCUUUAGGGCUCCACCUGCAAAUCGAGUAGACGGUUGUAAAGCCUGGCUCCAAAGUUCAACCAAUUUUUUAAGGCUUCAACAGGAACAACUAACAAUACAACAACUUGUGCAACGUACUACGAAUGAACUGAAGACCAUGCCAUUUUUCACCAAGUUUUUGGAUCAAAUUCAAAAAAAUGAAGAGAUUUCACUACGUCUUGAAAAUCUUGUGAACUCUACCAAUGAUAGUAAGAUAGAUAUGGUGAUAUAUUGUAUUGGGAGCAUAAAAAAUAGUGAAAAAUCAAGGUUGCAACUAAGCCUAGCACUUUUGUUGAAGGAAAAAGUGAAUUGGAUUAGUGAAACCAUACAAAUAUUUGAUCCAACUCUAAGUGAUGAAGAGAAUAAAGGUUUGAGUGAUAUGGGAUUUCAAGUGUUGGAGAAUAAUAGGCUAAAGGUGAAUAAACCAACAUUGUUCUUCAUGCUUGGUUGUCCAUUGAAUUUGCAUAUGAAUCUAAUGAAAGAAAAUGAGGAAGACACAUUGAAAAAUGUAGUGAUAUUAGGGAAUAGCUUCAAGAAAUUUAAAUCUGUUAUUCAUGGUGAUCAUGAUGGUGUUAACUCGUUGAGUCAAAAUUUUAGCCAUGAGUUCCAACUUGAUGCUGCAUCAUGUUCUAUGUUUAAAAUAUAUAGUUGGCAUUUUUCUGAGUAAUUCAGUACUAUAUGUACAUCACAAGGGAUAAGAAUAAGUGGUAUUAAUAAAGAUGAAAUAUUAAUAUGAGACUUUAAGUGGCAAAACAGAUACUAUAUAACCUUACUGAGUGUUAUGUUAUAUUAAAAAUACACUAAAAUUAAUCUAAAAAAUAAUACUUAAAAUAACCUAACACUCUACCAAUCUACGGUUUCGAUUUGACGAUUGUCCUCUCUAGCUAAGAUACUCUUCUACAAUACCCACUUGGUGAGAUCCUAGCUUUUUCUAUUUGUGAAUCCAUCUUUUGAGAUGGUGGUGAUUGUAUUAGUGAUCCAAGAUUGUUUAAUCUUUAUGCU